ACACGCACUACACAAAAGGCUACGCACUACACGAAAGGCUACACACACACCCACACUCCUCCCCGCUUCUUCUGCUCUCACAGUCUUUUUGCAGUAGCCUAGGAUGCAUCAUUGACAGUCCCCGUUCCCCCAUGACGGUAUACUAGGGCUGUCAAUAGACAGGUUAUCAAUGAUUAUCUGUCAUCCAUCUAGCUAAGGUCAAGAGCGAGACCACAGUAUCCGAAGCAACCUUUUGAACCGGGAGCGGUGCAAGGCAUUUCUCGCUGAAUCGCCAGUGUUGCCCAAGUCAAAAGCCCGCUGAGGCCGAGGAAAUCGUGCAUUUUCACUCCACCAAAACUGCACCCACUAAACGCUUUCUUCGGGAUCGCUCCGUGUGAGACGUGAGCAGAAAGAAGAAAGUGAAAUGGACUGAGUUGCUGUGAGAAACGUUGACGGUAUUUCCACUUGCGGUGCGUAAAGGGGGAACAGCGACAGUAGUAGCCUAGUCUUACCAUCACAUAUAUUCCUCGUGCUAUAUCUGUAAUCAAUUAACUUUUGCUGAUUUUCUAUUUAUUAUUUGUAUUUAGGCUACAUAUAGCCUAGGUUUGUCCACAUCAGACGUCACAAUGAUGACGCCAAGAGACCCAAAGCCCAAGAAGAAGCCGCCGAAAGAUAGCUUGACUCUGUUGCCAUGCUUCUAUUUUGUAGAGCUGCCCAUUGUGGCUUCUUCUAUGGUGUCACUCUACUUCCUGGAGCUGACGGACCUGCUCCAGCCUGCCCAGGUAGGCUUCCGUUGCCAUGACCGCAUGCUGAGCAUGCCCUACGUUGACGGUGGAGACGAGCUCAUCCCUCUACUCAUGCUGCUCAGCCUGGCCUUCGCUGGGCCGGCCGCCUCGAUCAUGAUUGGGGAGGGCCUGGUUUACUUCAUGCAGUCACGUCUUAAGAUCCGACCUGGGGUGGAAGGCAGCAUCAACGCCGGUGGGUGCAACUUCAACUCCUUCCUUCGGCGAACGGUGCGCUUCGUAGGUGUCCAUGUGUUUGGGUUGUGUGCCACGGCUCUAAUGACUGAUGUGAUUCAGUUGGCCACAGGUUAUCACACCCCCUUCUUCCUGACUGUGUGCAAGCCCAACUACACUCAGCCAGGGGUGGCCUGUGAUAAAAACCCCUACAUCACCAAGGACAUCUGCUCUGGUCACGACCAGCACGCCAUCGUCUCUGCCAGGAAAACCUUUCCCUCCCAGCACGCAACCCUGUCUGCCUUUGCUGCUGUGUACAUAUCAAUGUACUUCAACUCAACCAUCUCAGACAGCACCAAGCUGCUGAAGCCAGUGUUGGUGUUUGCGUUUGCCAUCGUGGCGGCGCUAACCGGCCUCACCCAGAUCACCCAGUACCGCAGCCACCCCAUCGACGUCUACGUGGGCUUCCUCAUAGGGGCCGGCAUCGCUGCCUACCUGGCUUUCCACGCCGUUGGCAACUUCAGGUCCUCCGACAACAUCAUCAUCAGGCCAGCUCCACCACCCCAGAAGGAGGACGCCCUGCGAGCGCUGACCCAGCGGGGCCACGACUCGGUCUACAACAAAGGUGUUGCCUCAGCAUCGGAGAGCGCCGACGAGAUCGCCGUGCCGCCCUCCCUGGACCGGCUGGAGGGCAUGGGGCGGCCGCUGCAGCGCGAGAAGGCCUCCAUCGGCAGCUUGAAAAGGGCCAGCGUGGACGUGGAGCUCCUGGCGCCCCGCAGCCCCAUGGGCCAGCAGACCAUGGUGACCUUCAGCAACACGCUGCCCAGAUCUAGCAUGAACGCUAACGGGGGCCUGGGCACUAACGGGGGCCCAGAGGAGCCCAUGAUGCAGCCUACUCAGCCCAUGCAGAGGAGGCUUAAGGCUGUGCAGGUGCCCAUGGACCCCAUGCGCUCACAGCAGUUAGUGACAGAGUGGAAGCAGAAGUCCAUGGAGAUGCGGGGUCUGAGCCUCAGGGAUGAGGCUGAGCGGGAGGCCAGUGAGGAGGGCUCCGAAGGGGGGGAGGAAGGGUCAGAGGACGGGGGUCCACAGGCCUCGCUGUAUCCAUCUACGGUGCAGUCCAACAGGGGAGCUUUCACCAGUCCGAUCCCCAUCAGUGUGGGGCCUCCAGGGAGUGCCAGGGUGGUGGCAACCCCUAGACCCCCCCACAUCCCCGAGGUGGGUCCCCCGCCAGUGUCGCCCAAAAGUGCACUAACCCGCGCCAAGUGGCAGUCCAUCACAGAGAAGAGCGGUGGCGGCGGGUCGAUUCGCGGGGCACCCAACCAGCCGCGUAUCAUGCAAGUGAUCGCCAUGUCCAAGCAGCAGGGACUCCUCCCUUCCUCCUCCUCGGGGGGCACGCCCAAGUCCUCCGAGACCACCUCCACCUCCUCCUGCACCUCCUCUACGGCCAGUGCCGACUCGCCCCACUACCGGCCGCCCUCAGAGGCCCAGCGUGAUUCGACCAUCAUCACCGUAGAUGCCCACGCCCCCCACCACCCCGUGGUGCACGGUGGCCAGCCCCCCUCCUCAGGCAACGGGAACCCCUGGGAGUGGAGGGGCGCGUCCAACGGCAGCGACCCUCGAGACUCCUACGAGCUCAACGAUCUGAACCGCGGCGACAGCGGUGGUGCUCGCGGCAGCACUGGUAGCUUCCGGUUGCACCAGACCAUCUCGCCCUGCUCCUCGACCAGCGACGGAGACCCAGAGAUGCUUCCCCCUCCGCCCCUCCCCCACACCGAGGUCCCCCACGAUGGGAGAAGCCGGGAGUCCACUUUACGACGCAAGACUGCGCUAGUCCUCCUGGAGAGGGACAUUCAAUUUCAAAACAAGAGUGAGCAGGAGAACUACUAUAAAAAAAUACAGGGUGGCCGGAGGUAUAAGGAGUAGUCACUAACUAACUAAUAAGCCUUACAGUCAAACCACAAAACAGUACAAAACCUGGACUGACAAGCUGGGCUCUGCUGCUAUGCAUCUCUCGAACUAUGUGUGAUGUUAUCAAAGGAGCUGUGCAAAACGGUUGUAGCCUACAGUCGUGGUCAAAAGUUUUGAGAAUGACACAAGUAUUGGUCUUCACAAAGUUUGCUGCU